AUUUUGUGUGUUGAGAAGGAAUAAGGAUGAACCCCGGGCCUAGUUUUUAAACCUAUUUAAUAUUGUUUUCCGCCACCCGCGUUAUGAAUGACUAUCAAUAUUGUGAUGGUGCGGUCUUUAAUAUAGCUGCGAGCUAACUAGUUAGCCUUAGCCGUUAGCCACGUCCAGUUAGUUGUUAACCUAGCGUGGCUAAGUCGUUAGCAUCCAACUACUGGAGAAAUUACGUUUGAGUGCUGGUUUACUCCAACGUGAAAACUUGAAUAGUCACAUCCAAGUAGACUUCUAAUCAGCGUUUGAGCUCACGAGAUAUAUGUGGAUAAUUGACUGGCAAUUGUGUUGUUUAUCGUCACUCGCCAGGUAGCGUUAGCACCGUGCUAAAAGUUAGCCUCGUCGCCAUGAGGUGUAGCCGCUCGAGGCGGAAGCCCACCAACACUUCAAAGCUUAAUCUAUUCGACCCUUGCUUCCUUUCAAACGCCAACUUUUAUCAUGAUUUAUUGUUUUUCUAUUGAACCUAAAACGACUUGUUUGAAUUGAUGGACAGGCCUCGUCGUCAGGCUUGCUUGUUUGUGUGUCAGUCCAAGCCGAGCUUUUUACGUAACGUGUGAGAUUAAGCAGUCGUUUUCGAUAACGAGUCCGGCAGCACAAUGGAAACAUACAAAUGUGACCCCUGCGGAUGUCCAAGAUGUCUCCUUAAAGUGUCUGCCAAUGUUUUUUUUUUUUCAUUGUAAUGUGACUACUACUUCCUCCAGUGUAGCACUGAGGUUACUUUCAUUUUUGACAGUAAUGUUUUUGACUUGUAAACAAGUCGCAGUGUUGUACCUUGAAACUGUUAUCUCAUGUGCCCACACCUUUUGCAUUGCCUUUGUGUUGUGUUCCUGGAAGUGUGUGAUGAGGUCACUCAGAUCUGCACAUUCUCUCCUCAGAGAGUAAAGAACUUUAUCACAAUAUUCAAAUUUCCUGAGACAGUCCUGUAUACUGUAAAUGAUGACGUCCAUGGGCGGAAACCGGGCCCGGGGCAGCUGGGAACAGACGCAGCCAGGCCAGACACAGGGCCAGACACAGCACAAGCAAAGGCCUCAGGCUACCGCAGAGCAAAUCCGACUUGCGCAAAUGAUUUCAGACCACAACGAUGCAGACUUUGAGGCGAAGGUCAAACAGCUGAUUGACAUCACCGGGAAAGACCAGGAUGAGUCUAUGAUAGCACUGCACGACUGCAACGGGGAUGUUAACAGAGCCAUCAAUGUCCUAUUGGAGGGUAGCCCAGACACUGACUCGUGGGAAAUGGUGGGGAAGAAAAAAGGCGUGUCCGGCCAGAAGGAGGCCAGCCAGCCAGAGAUGGGAGAGGACGGGAAAGAGAACCGGGAGAAAACGGAGAAGGAUUUAGCUCGUCGGCGAGGGGCGCCCCCUCGCAGGGGCCGCGGAGCCAUCAGAGGGCGAGAGUUUCGAGGUCAAGAGAACGGCUUGGAAGGAGGCAAGGUGGCAGUCGUGGGCAGGGGCAUGGAACGAGGCAGGAGAGGGCGAGGACGAGGGCGAGGGAUGCUUGGAGCAUCAGGGCGGCGAGGAGGCAGAUUCUCGGCGCAGGGCAUGGGAACAUUCAACCCUGCCGACUACGCCGAGCCGAACCAGACAGAUGAAAACUACGGCGGAGGUAGCACCUGGAACAACACGGGCGGUACGGAGACAGAAGAAGGAGCGAGAUUGGAAUACUCCCAGGGAGACGGAAUGACUUACCCGCCCAAGUUUGAGUCUGGCCCUGGUGCCUGGAGGACGCCUACAGAGGAAUGGGGCACUGAGGACUGGAAUGAGGAUUUGUCAGAGACCAAGAUAUUCACAGCUUCCAGUGUGGCAACCAUUCCACCACCGCAAGAGAAUGUCACCAUCACCAAAGGACAGAGGAUUGACCUCGCGGUGCUAUUGGGGAAGACUCCCCCGUCUUCCUCGUCGGAAACUGAACCCCAACCCGUCGAGGCCGCCCAGCCCCCCACCUUACCCCAGUCCCUAGUUUUCAGCAACUCCAAGCAAGGACCCCCCUUAUCCCAGUCCUCCUCCAACACCCCUUAUACUCAGCACAGCAUGGUUAGCAUGCUGAACAAGAGUUUUGGGGAUGUAGCGGACCAGAAAGGAGGUACCAGCGGGACCACCGGCUCCCAGUUCCUGGAGCAGUAUAAAACAGCCCAGGCACUGGCUCAGCUAGCAGCCCAGCAUUCCCAAACUGGGGCUCCCAAUACGAACCCUCCAUCUUGGGACAGUGGUGCCAACUCAAGGGCGCAAUAUGAUAUGAAGACUCAACCUGAGUCAGCCAUCCACAUGCCCUUUGCGAAGCGCCCGCCCUUCCAGGCCGCAACGCCCACCACGUCGUCCAUGUUGGAAGUUUUCUUGCCUCCUGCCGCCACCUCAUCCGCUUCCUCCUUGCCGCCCCAAACAACAGUCUCCUCCCUUCCCAAAAUGGCGCCGGUCACGUCGUUGGGUCAACAGGUUUCCCCUAGUUCCUCGGACGCGCAGGGGUCCAGUCCACUGCCUCUGCAGCAACACAAGCUCCGACAGCAGAAGAAGAGGACCUCCAUUCCAACAAAGAUUCCGUCAAUGGCAGUGGAAAUGCCUGGGUCGACAGACAUCUCCGGCCUCAACCUUCAAUUCGGAGCGCUGCAGUUCGGCUCGGAACCGACGCUGCCCGAAUACGAGUUGGCCUCCUCCAACACGACGCCUGCCAAUCCAAUGCAGAAUAGCCUCUACUCCACCCCCAAUAGUGAGUCAACUCCAGCUCUUUCCAACUCCAGCCAGAUGGAGCUGUACGAGCAGAGAGCGCCUCAGACGCGACGUUACCCUCCCUCCGUCUCCUCGUCCCCGCAGAAAGACUUGCAGCCAAAGAAUGGCUUCAGUUCACUACAAGCAGCGCAAUCUGUGGAAGCUGCAGCAGGUUCUGCAGUCGCAGUCAAACCAAUGUCAGACUCUGUAGCGCCACCACCGGCGGUCGCCAGCAUGGCCGCUCUUUCAGACGCCAGCUCGGGUCCGGCUUCCCUGCUGACGACGUCCAAUCAGACGUCACUCGGCGCCUUGGGGCAAGGCGAAGAACUGCCGCCGAGCACUGUUCCGCCUCCUCAGCACAACAGUGCGCUCUCGUCACAGCAGAACAGCCUUGCUCCAUCUUCGGGUCGAACAUCCAACUCUAGCCUACUGCACCCGAACGUAGACGGCGACUCCAGCCUCCACUCCUCCUCCUUCCCCUCUGCCUCAGCCGUGUCGUCAUCGUCGUCUGUCCCCUCCACUUCCUCGGCCACCACGCCGCAGGUGUCUCUGGGGACCCCGGUUUCGGCCCAGUCUGGCCUCGGCCCCGUCAACAACAUGUCCAUGGGGCUCAACGCGCCAUCCAUGGGAGCGCAGGGUGUGGCCCCGUCCCCCGCUGCCAUUUCGAUUUCCGCCGCAGCGGCCUCCAACGCGCCUUCCUCAGUGACUUCCUUGUCGUCGCGCAGCUCUGCAGCAUCCUCAGGGAAAGCCCCUCCAAAUUUGCCCCCUGGAGUGCCCCCUCUACUGCCCAAUCCCUACAUCAUGGCCCCGGGACUGCUGCAUCCCUACCCAACUCAGGUGUAUGGCUAUGACGACCUGCAGAUGCUGCAGACAAGAAUACCGUUGGAUUAUUACGGGAUUCCAUUUGCAACCCCUACAACAGCACUGACUAGCAGAGAGGCCGGUUUGACUAACAACCCGUAUUCUGGUGAUUUAUCAAAGUUCGGUCGAGGCGACGCGUCCUCACCGGCCCCCGCCACUACGUUGGCGCAGAAUCAGCAGCAAAACCAGACGCAGACACACCAUUCGACCCAGCAGCCCUUCCUCAACCCGGCGCUGCCACCCGGCUACAGCUAUACCAGCCUGCCCUACUACACGGGCAUGCCGGGCCUGCCCAACACCUUCCAAUAUGGCCCUGCUGUGUUUCCAGUGGCUCCUACCUCGUCAAAGCAGCACGGCGUGAAUGUUGGCGCGACAGCCACACCCUUCCAACAGGCUAGCGGCUAUGGUUCCCAUGGAUACAGCACUGGCUAUGAGGAUGUGGGCCAGGCUUCAGGGAGUGGGGAUUUCUGUAAGGGCGGAUACGGCAACGCCGUGGCCGCCGCCGCCGCCGCCGCCGCUGCUGCUGCUGCCGCAGUCGCUGCGCAAAACAAACCGGCCAACUCUGUCAGCGGGCCCGGAGUAGGAGUAUCUGUGACCUCGAGUAACACGGGGGUACCUGAUAUUUCGGGUUCUGUUUACACAAAAACGCAGCAGUCAUUUGAGAAGCAGGGUUUCCACACCGGCACGCCCACAGCGUCGUUCAGCCUCCCCUCGGCUCUGGGUAGCGGCGGCCCAAUCAACGCGCCGGCGGCCGCGGGCUAUGCCCCGGCGCCUUUCAUGCACAUCCUGGCGCCGCACCAGCAGCCCCACUCCCAGAUCCUACACCACCACCUCCAGCAGGAUGCACAAAGCGGCAGUGGCCAGCGCAAUCAGACUGCAUCCAUUCAGCAAAAGUCUCAGAUUAACAAGUCUGCGUAUAAUAGCUACAACUGGGGGGCCAACUAGCAGCUGACAUCAGAGCCUCGGACGCCCUCUCUCGCUAACAAAAGCUGUGAAGGAGGGAGUGGGCAGGGCUCAUCAUAUCCUGAUCACCCAACUCCGUAUAGAAGGUUAACUCCUGCUGAAUUCCCCGCCGCAUCUCUCAACGAGUAUGUGCCGGGGGGGAAUGAAUGGUUAGAAAAACAUAACGUGACAUUGAGUGUCUGGGGAAAUUUUUGUGUUCAACCCAGCACCGACCCUUCGCGUAUGUCACAACAUUAUUUCUUUAAAAGAAUGUUUCCCGUACGGUUCUAUAUGUUGAUGUAUUCUCUACACCCCUACACAUUUUUUUUUUUAACUAAUUGGGAGGAUUGAAGUAAUGAGGGAUGGUGGCGAUGGAGAGGGGCUCUUUUCUAUUCCACCCCUUUCUGCGCUAACUAUUCAUUUGCUUGAUUGCUGUUUGGUUUCUCCCCAGAUCCCUUAUUUUAUGUCCUUUUUAAGUUGGAAGAAACAAUUCUCAAAAUUUGUUAGAGUUGUGAAGUUUAUUUUUUACUAAAUAUAAAUAUAUAUAUAUAAAUAUAUAAGCGAGCUGGCUUGGAGUGAGGAUGUUUGUCAUGUGGUUGCGUGCAUGUUUGUACACAUAAGACAAGUUGGGGCGGGGGGGGUUGUUUACUGUGCUUUUGUUUUGUUUUUUUGCCUAGCACAGACUUUUCAUAGUGUAUAAAACACAUGUACAGUUACUGUUACCAUUUGAAUAUUUUGACAUGUUAUUAAAGGAUCCUUCCCAAAGCCAAUCUGCACCCCAAUGCCCUUUCCAAUGUUAAUAAUCCAGUAAUGUCUUUCAGUUCAGUAGACCUCUCCAUGCGCCACCACCCUUUCCUGCACAUUUGAAAGGAAACCUUCCAGCAUCCAAUACUGAUGGACAGACUUGUACUUUUGAGUUUUGUUUGUUUUUGUCAGUGAUUCUUUUUUGUACUGUGCAUUAAAAACAAUUGUAAAUGGGAUAACUUGUCUUGUACAUACAAACAAAAAAAGUACUGUAGUGCCUGUUUGUUCGCUUUGCUCCUGGUUCCUUGCAGAUCUUGUUAUUAGAGUUUUUGUUUCCUUUUUUAUUUUGUAAAAUAUAUAAAUAUUAAUAAACAAGGACAAAGACAUUUUCAUCAUUUUGGGGAUGUGAAUG